CAAUUCAAACCAAGCAAACUUCACUUCUAGCUCUACUCAAAAAUUUCCACUGGUUUUGUUCUUCAAAUUUUUACCAUGUUUCCAAAAUUUGGUGGUGUUUUUAAUUCCGUAAUCCUGGCAUUGUUCGUCAUAACGGUGAUCUCCGUGAAGAAAGUGUCCGCAGAAGUGCAUGAAAUAAAGUCGACAGCUGAAUUUGACAACUUCCUCCAAAGCGGAGUUUUUGCCGCGAAUUUUUAUGCCGAUUGGUGUGGCCAAUGUAGUGACCUGGCUCCCCAAUUUGACCAACUGUCCCGAGAUUACCCAAACUCUGUAUCCUUUGUGAAAAUUGAUGCCGACGCGGUGAAUGAGUUGGCCAGAAAAUAUGGCGUUCGGACACUUCCAACAACAAUUAUAUUCCGAGACGGGCACUUGCAGAGAACUGUACCUGGAGCAAGGAUUGAGCCCAUAAAACAAGCCAUUUUGAGUGAACUUGAAUAAGGCAAACAAAUCGAUGCCAGGGACAACGAAUCUGUAUCACUAUGUGGAGGCAAUAAUUAAUUUAAGGUUCAUGAAAUUCUGUAAAAAAGUUCAUAUUUGGAGUGAAAAUGCGACCAAAUAAAUUAUGAUACGAGAAAUUAUCGUAAAUAUACCUUAAUAGAUUUUGAGAAUAAAUUUGACUUGUUGAGUUAUC